UAAUAAAAUCGUGGCGGCCAAGUGGGGUGUUGCUCGCAGCUGCUGGAUCACCUCCUGCUGAGCUUCACUCGCCUCGGAGCACACCAUGGCCGGGCACCUCCGCACCCCCCUGCUCCUGCUGGCCGCCCUGGCCCUGACCCUGGCACUGGCUGUGGACUUGGGUCCCAGGGCAAGCCGGAAAAAUGGCAAGUCUCCAAUGGUGGGCGGCCUGUUGGACGCCGAUGUCAACGAGGAGGGCGUGCAGCAGGCGCUGAACUUCGCCCUCAGCGAGUACAACAAGGCGAGCAACGACGCGUACCACAGCCGCGCAAUGCGCGUGGUGCGCGUCCGCAAGCAGGUUGUGGCUGGAUUGAACUACUUCUUGGAGGUGGAGAUCGGACGAACCAGAUGUACAAAGUCUCAGCCCAACUUAGACAGCUGUCCCUUUCAUGACCAGCCACACCUGAUGAGGAAAACGCUCUGCUCUUUCCAGAUAUACACUGUCCCCUGGCUGGGCAAGACCUCCUUGGUGAAGUCCAGCUGCCAGGAUGCAUAGAGGACCCUAUGACAGGCUGGGCCACUCAGCCCCCUUUCUCCCAUCCCUAUCCCCUUGUAGAGCUCCUAACCUUUAGAAGGUUGGCUUUGUCCAAGUAACACCCCCUCAGUGUGCUAGUUCCAAGGGGCAAAUGGAGAAUUAUUCUGGGGGCAUUUUUUGAACAGCUAAGCAACUGUAACUCCUUUAAUUCCUUUCCAAAUGCAGCAGUAUGUAGUACAUGUAUUCUGUUCUAUCUCAAUAAAACGUAACAUCAGCUA